AACGAAGCAAGCAAAUAGGAGUCUGGAAGGUGAAGCAACAACGCGCAUAAAAACAACAGUGCGCAACGCAGAAGGAACAGGAGGAAGAAGACGUCGCAGGCAAUGUCGUGUCGAGAGGAACAUGAGGAGCACGGGGGGCACGACCACCACGGCCACCACGGCCACGAUCACGACCAUGAUGAGCCAGAGCGAGGCGUGCAGUCGUCUCUCUACGACAGCAUCGACUUGACAAAGGUUGUUGGGUUCAAUGAAGCUGUGGAAGGGUCUGCGCAGAACGUGUUCAGACCACUGCACGAGAAGCAACUGCGAGAUAAGUACGUGGAGAGCGACGCGGACGAGCAGCUGAUCAUCCACAUCCCAUUCACGGAUGACGUGAAGAUCAAGUCCAUCUGCAUCAUGGGCGAGCCCGGGCCGCGCCACCCGUCACACGUUGCCGCAUUCAUCAACAGAGACGACAUUGACUUUGACAACGUGGAAGACCUCGAGCCCGUGCAGGAGUGGGACUUGGUUGAGGACGCCGACGGGGAGCAGGAGUACGAGACGCGCAUCACAAAGUUCCAGGGCCUGCACAGCCUCACUCUCUUCUUCAGCGACACGUUUGGCGGCGACACCACCAAGAUCCACUACAUUGGGCUCAAGGGCGAGAGAAAGAAGGUGCACCGACGAACCAUCAUCACCAUUGCAGAGGUUGCUGCCCGCCCCGAAGACCACAAGACGACAAUCAAGGAUCACACAGCCAACACCUCAAAGACCAUCCAGUAAUCAACCAACGCAGCCGUGUGUGUGUGUGUGUGUGUGUGUGUGUCUGUGUGUGUCUGUG